AUGGAACCCGACUUUCAACCUCUCAGUAAAGGACCAGAGCUCGUCUUCAGCUCCGUCCAGUCGUCUGACUCUGGAGAGUUUUACUGUGCGGCUGAGAACGAUCUGGGGAGGAGAACAUCUGAACACUUUAUCUCUGAUGUGAAAUAUGCUCCAAAGUUUCCCUCUGUGUCAGUGAGUCCCUCUGCUGAGAUAGUGGAGGGCAGUUCAGUGACUCUGACCUGUAGCGAGAACCUGCUAAAAGGACAAGGGCAAAGUUAUUAUUUCCCAUCCAUCAGGUCUGAAGACAGAGGGAUUUACUACUGCCAGGCUGAGAAUAAACAUGGACAGAUCAAAUCUCUGCAACAUUUGUUAGAUGUCCAGUAUGCUCCAAAGCUUCCCUCUGUGUCAGUGAGUCCCUCUGCUGAGAUAGUGGAGGGCAGUUCAGUGACUCUGACCUGUAGCAGUGAUGCUAACCCAGCAGCUAAUUACACCUGG